AUGUCCAUCCUCGCCUUGGUCGAAGACCGACCGACCCCCCGCGAAGUCUACAACUGGCGCGUCUACCUGCUUGCCGCAGUCGCCUCCUUCACAUCAUGCAUGAUCGGCUACGACAGCGCCUUCAUCGGCACCACGCUGUCCCUACAAUCCUUCAAAGAUGAAUUCGACUGGGAGAACCUCGACUCCGACCUCGUCAGUGCCAACAUCGUCUCCCUGUACCAGGCUGGUGCUUUCUUCGGUGCACUCUUCGCCUACCCUAUUGGCCACUUCUGGGGCCGCCGCUGGGGCCUUAUGUCCGCUGCCCUGAUCUUCUUCCUGGGUGCCGGCAUGAUGCUUGGUGCUAAUGGGGAUCGAGGACUGGGACUCAUCUAUGGCGGACGGGUGCUCGCAGGCAUUGGUGUUGGCGCUGGGUCGAACAUCUGUCCGAUUUAUAUCGCGGAGAUGGCACCCCCUGCAAUUCGUGGACGUCUUGUAGGUGUUUACGAGCUUGGUUGGCAGUUGGGUGGUGUCGUUGGCUUCUGGAUCAACUAUGGCGUGGACGAAACCCUAGCUCCAAGCCACAAACAAUGGCUUAUCCCCUUCGCCGUGCAGCUAAUCCCCGCUGGUCUCCUCAUCAUUGGCGCGCUCUUUAUCCGAGAAUCUCCCAGAUGGCUCUUCCUCCGCGGCCACCGCGAGAAGGGAAUUGAGACUCUGGCCUGGAUCCGCAACCUGUCUCCCGACCAUAUCUACAUGCUGGAGGAAGUCAGCAUGAUCGACCACUCUCUCGAACAACAGCGCGCCAAGGUUGGUCUUGGCUUCUGGAAGCCCUUCAAAGCAGCUUGGACAAACAAGCGUAUCCUCUACCGUCUCUUCCUGGGUUCCAUGUUGUUCCUCUGGCAGAACGGCUCGGGUAUCAACGCAAUCAACUACUACAGUCCCACCGUGUUCAGGAGUAUCGGCGUGACAGGUGGCAAUACUUCUCUCCUGACAACCGGUAUCUUUGGCGUCGUCAAGGCCGUUAUCACCUUUGUCUGGCUGCUGUACCUGAUCGACCACUUUGGAAGACGCAACUUGCUCCUCGUUGGCGCGUUGGGCGGCUCAAUCUGCCUGUGGAUCGUCGGCGGAUACAUCAAAAUCGCAAAGCCAGAGAAUAACCCCGAGGGCACGGAACUCGACAGCGGUGGCAUCGCAGCCAUUUUCUUCUUCUACCUAUGGACAGCCUUCUACACACCAUCCUGGAACGGCACGCCGUGGGUCAUCAACUCUGAAAUGUUCGACCCAACCGUCCGAUCCCUCGCCCAAGCCUGCGCCGCCGCCUCAAACUGGCUCUGGAACUUCCUGAUCUCCCGCUUCACGCCGCAAAUGUUCACGGCGAUGGGGUACGGAGUAUACUUCUUCUUCGCGUCGCUGAUGAUCCUCUCGAUCGUGUUUGUGUUCUUCCUUAUACCCGAGACAAAGGGUGUGCCGCUCGAGAGCAUGGAGAGUCUGUUUGACAAGAAGCCCGUUUGGCGGGCGCAUGGGCUGCUUCUUAAGGAGUUGCGCGACAAUGAGGAGGCGUUUCGGGCGGAUAUGGAGGCUGAGGGGAAGGGGGGCGUUACGAGGGAGUAUGUUGAGGAGGCUUGA